UCUUUCUCCCUCACUUUACAAUACGAGGGCAUCGUUGGUGGCGCGCGCGCGCCACGCGAGACCCGAAGCAGAAUCGUGGAUUCACGGACUGGCGGGCCAACGUUGGUGUGGACCGAGUUGCACGCGCACAUGCACACCCUCGCGCUAGCUCUCCCUCUCUCCCUGUUCCUCUCCCUCCCCUUAUCCCACCUUUCUCCGUCGCACGCUUUCCGACAUCCUGCGAGGAGAGUCUUUAUCCAGCGAACGACACGAGAGGGAGUCCGAGUUCCUGGCUCGUCCCUCGCGGCUGCAGUGCGCUCCCAAACAUCCACGAGACAACCUCGAGGUGUCCGCACGCACGCACGCACCACGCACGCACGCAUCAAACCUCCAACACCCACGAGGAGAGGGUGCACCCAGUUGAUCCUGAGGACGAGCCACCCGCGAUCGGAUCGACCAACGACGACGACGACGACGACGACGACGAAAACGACGACGACACCGUGUCACGCGUUCCGACACCAAUACGUUUCUUGCAACUUUUGAAUCUCGCUCUUCUAUCAUUUUCAAAUCGUUCCACCCUCGUAUCCUCGAACCGUUCGAUUGCGCGCUACUCUCCCCAAGUGGUGUCCCGUUCGAAAGUCUAUGUGCUCGCCCCCGGACUGUGCUCCUCCAAGAACCCCACGGUGCUCCGAACUUUUCGCCUCUCGUCGCGAGCUCCUUUUCCCGCGCGUGUUUCGUCGUGUGCUUUAGUUGUGCUCGAGGAAGAACCGCGGACGGAUCGUUCGUGUGAUCGGGGACCAAGCGGGAGAGGACGUAACGCGAAGAGAGUGAAGUUUCAGUGUCGGAAGUAAGGAGGAACGAUGCGUUGAACGGGGACGAUCAACGUACGAGAAACGAAUCCUCUCAUGGGAAAUGAUUCGAACGGAAACGGUGAUCGAGGACGCGAUACUCGACGGAGAAGGUAGCAGCGUGACGCGUCGACGGCCCUGAUCUUCGAUCUAAAUUUCGCGAAAUAACGAAGGAACAGAGUGAGAACGAACGUUCGGAUCUGACGGUCGAAAUACCUCGAUCCAUUCGAGAGGGAAUUUUUAUUUCCUGGUGUUGGAAACUGUUCGUCGACCGAUCUAACCGAGUUGCUGGCACACUUUCUGUGCGAGAAACCUAUCUGCGUAAUUUGCGUGAACAUGGUGCGCAUCUCUCUCUCUCUUUCUCUCCCCCCCUCGCCCUGUAAAUGAAUCCUGUUGAUCCGUAGUGUGAAACGAGCGAGGGUUAAAGGACGAGCCGAAGAAGGGUUCAGGGGCGUAUAUCGACGAAUCUCGAGCGUGUAAAUAGGUGUACAGAAGGGUCGAGGACGUCGACUUUCAUCGAAGAAACUUCGACGCGUUCUUGCUCUUCCUUUUUGUCCUCCCCCGCGCGUACCUCUCUGUUCUCCACCAGCUCACCUACAUACGUGAUAGGACUGUGUAAAGUGAUAAGGGAAACGAGUCGGGGAUAAACGAGAAAUAAUUCGUAAGUUGUAUCGCUAAGGACCAGGAGCAGCUCGUGGAACGGUCGAAAGCCGUACUCGAGUCUACUACACGCGUAAUCGAAAAAUAGAUUCUAAUUAGAAAACGGAACGAAUUCAUGUAUAAAUGUAUGUACGAAAAGAUACGGUUCAAUUUUCUUUGAUCGCGUGUGUCUGUGCGUGCGUAGCAUCUAAUUAAUAUUCUCUGUCUGUCUGUCUGUCUGUCUGUCUGUCGCGAAUUUUUCUUCUAUCGCCGUGGUGGCGUGUUCGAUUCUGUUCGAAUCCGUUUUAACGAACAAAAUAAUAAGAAUAUACAAUUCGCAUAAUAAGCAAGUCGGAGCAGUACGGGUAUCCAGCGCUUAGCCUUUUAGCCUUUUGGCGCGAUAACUAAUUAGCUCGUGGACGUCGUUGAAAUCGAAAGCAACGUCGAGCCGCGCGUAGAAAUUCGGUGAAGAAAAAUAAAAUAAAAGAGAGUACUACUAUUAUUACUACUACUACUACUACUACUCGACACAAGUAGUAAAGGAGAACGAGUCGGGACACCGCGAUCGACUUCCAGAUCCGUUCGAUAUAACUUCGCGGAACGUUGUCGUGUCGCGAAAUGACACCUUUGCUCGCUUAAUUAGCGUCUGAAGCCGAUCGAGCUUUAAAUCUAAGUGGAAGAUAACAAAAGGGGGACCAAUUUUUCACGCUCGUUCUCAAUCUCUUCCUUAUUUUCAUCCAGUUUGCCUCUUUCUAUCUUGCAUCUUCGUGUCACCUAUCCGCCUUUAUCUCCUUAAUCCAACCGCCUAGCGGACAUAUCCAUAAAUCUUUCUCUCUGUACGCUCUUGCCGUAUUAACUCCGUCAUCGUGAGACCGGUCGGUGUACCGGGAAUACGAAGAAGGAGUCGCAACCGAAGCAAGCAAUAAAUCAAGGGCCAACGUACGACUGAGAUUCAACGGGGAACAGAAAAGGUGGUAGACCUAGGUCCCGAGGCGAACCGGCACCGCCGUCAACCAGAUUCUAAAAAGAAAAAAGAUUCGGUCCAAUGCUGAAACAACACCGACGACGCUUAAUUCGCGAGGAAACUCUGUAAUCGGGGAUAAUCGAGAGUGUUCGAAGCGAAUAUCGUUUAGUUAAGUGCCCGGAGGAGUGUUGCGUGUUGUAGAUCAGGUAGAACAAUAGCGUUAUCCCUAAUCGUUGGAGAGGGUGAAGAGGCGAGGUUAUCGAAGGUAACCAGUCAUCCAGUCAGCCGAGCAGGGCUCGCAUUCGCCGCGAAACAUUGUCCGUUUGAUGACGAUGACAUUAUCCUGAAACGGGCAUGACGCCCCUGGCCUCGAGAUGCGACGAGACCACUACCAUCCUGCUGUUGCUGCUACUCGAGCUGGCACCCGGAGCACGCUGCUACCCGCGCGCGGCCACCACGUCCGCCUCGACUUUGUCGAGAUAGCAUCUACAGUCGACGGCGAGGGUGCGAGUGAUGCCGCUCCUCGGCAGCAUUAUGACCAUCGACGCCGGUAGUCCGACACAGGCGUCCACCAGCGUCUUCGAGGAGAACAUGACGUGGUCUCGAUCAACCGGUGCCGCUACGUCUUCCGCUAACCAAGCCCGCACGAUCCCAAGCGACGAGCAGCAUCCACGCCGGCUGCUGUCACUGGCUACAACCACUGUCGCCGAUCCUGGUGGCAAACUUCCCGACGUCAUCGAUCAACGACCGAGCGAACCAGCUGAUACGGUGAACGGGAACGAUACCGGGAUUGGGACGAUUGUACAGCGACAGGAAGAAACGAGGAAGAACGGUGGUUGUGCUUGUGCCAGAUUGAAUCUAGCGACUCGAUUCGGUGGCCAGGACACCGCGUCAGGAAGCAGGCUGCCGUUUCUCGUCACAGAACAGAGCGACCAGGUGGAGGUCGCUGCCACCAGCGAGGGUAGCACCGUUGAUUCGAACAGCACCGUUGCUCUCGGUAUCGAUACCGAAGACAUCGAAAGAUUGAGAGAGCUGGAACUGUUGUUCGGUUUGGGGGGCAUGAUGGAGGAUCUCGGUGGAUCGUUCAAUGAUUCUUUCAACGAGAGUCUUGGCUUCCCGUGGAACGCUAGCCUGUACAACGAAUCGUAUUUCGUGUUCGGGGAAAGUAUGUACCCAUCGGGUUACACGUUACCGCACAUCAUUAUGGCCUCCGUCCUGGCGACACUACUGAUGAUCGUGAUCGUCGUUGGGAACAUGCUGGUGAUCAUCGCCAUCGCCACCGAGAAAGCCCUGAAGAACAUACAGAACUGGUUCAUAGCCAGCCUGGCUGUCGCGGAUUUCUUCCUCGGCCUGGUGAUCAUGCCAUUCUCGUUGGCCAACGAGAUCAUGGGUUACUGGAUCUUCGGUUACUGGUGGUGCGACAUACACUCGGCCAUGGACGUGUUGCUGUGCACCGCCAGCAUCAUGAAUCUUUGCCUGAUAAGCCUGGACAGGUUCUGGAGCAUCACGCAGGCGGUGGAUUACUUGAAGAAGAGGACCCCGGCCAGGGCAGCCCUAAUGAUCGCCCUCGUCUGGCUACUAUCAGCGCUAGUUUGCAUCCCCCCUCUGUUGGGAUGGAAAAGACCCACUCCGGCCGAAGAGUACCCCAAGUGUAAGCUUUCCGAGGACAUCGGCUACGUCCUCUAUUCCGCGCUCGGCAGCUUCUACAUCCCCUCGUGCAUCAUGGUGUUCGUGUACAUACGCAUCUAUUUCGCGGCGAAGGCUCGAGCGCGUCGGGGCAUCCGGAAGCAGCCUCGUCCUCGCGCGGUGGUACCACCCGAGUCACCGGAUGUCAGACAAACGAGUUUCACCCAAAGCACACCGGCCACGGAGUCGAAGAAACCACCGGGAUCCACGAUGGAGAACGUGGCCACGAUCGAGAAUCAACCGGUACAGAUUCCCAUCGUCACCUGUGACUUCGCCAGCGACGUCAGCACCUCCGAAGCGGAUCCCGGCGGGGGAAGCAGCAUCCCCAUGGAGGAGAAGGACACGCUCAAGGUGGCCAUCCCGAUGCCGGUUCAAAAGAGCAGCCUGAAGGCGACGCUGUCGGUGAACGGCGACGGUCAAUCGAGCGUGCCGUCGCGAUGCAGAGCGCCCAGCGUCGGCAUCGACGUCGACAUGGUGUCCGAGUUCGAUCCGUCGUCGUCGGACAGUGGCGUAGUGUCCAGGUGCGCGGUUGUGAAACCAUUGAAGCUGCGUCUUUGCCAACCGAUUUUCGGUCGCAGGCACCUGGGAAAGCUGAGGAGAGAACACGGCGAGGGGAAACAUUCGGGCGGCAAGGACGAUUCGGGGGUGGAUGGAAAAUCGUCGAAACCACGGGACCCUGAGAGAGAGAAGAGGAGACUGGCGAGAAAGAAGGAGAAACGAGCGACCCUGAUACUCGGCUUCAUAAUGGGCAGCUUCAUCGCCUGUUGGCUACCAUUCUUCGUCCUCUACAUCGCGAAACCUCUGUUCCCCGACGUCGAGAUACCCACCCAGGCGUUCGUGAUCGCAUUCUGGUUGGGCUACAUGAACUCUGCCCUGAAUCCUUUCAUCUACACCGUCUUCAACAAGGACUUUCGUCGCGCCUUCCGUAGAAUACUGUUCAAAUGAAAACGGUCUAACCGCGAUGUCGGUUAAUUCCCUGGACUUGUCUUCGAGUUCCACACGAAUGCCGAGUAUCGCGAGUUGCCGAUCGAUUCGCGACGCGUAUCAGCUUCGCGAGACGCAGGUAAAAAGGGGGCGUAUGGGCGACGGAAGGAUCGGCGAAACGUCUCUCGAAAGCGCGUCUCGGCGGAUCGAGAGGUGUCGGCGAAGAAGAGAGGCGAAAACACGUUUAUACCCGAGAGAUUCGCGCUCGCUUGUAAAAACUUUCUACGGAAACGUCCCUUUGGAAUGGUAAACUCGCUGAAAUUUCCAGCACCGACGGAAUUGUCGAGUGUCGCGAUACCGCGGGAAAAUUCCUGUCCAAGAUGUCGCGUCUCGGAGGAGACGGUCGAGCACGGAGAAUUUGCUCGCAAGAAAUAUGCAAUUCAACGGUGUGUCGCCAUAUUUUCGCGUAAAAUCAUUCGUCGGAUCGUGUUAGAGACGAUGGUUCCAAGGAUACCGUGCUCGAUCGGUCGAGCUGUUCGCGCGAAUCCUGAGAAUCGAAAAAGGAAACCUGACAAAUUCGAUAACCCGUUUGCCAAUGACGGUCAUGAAUCCUCUAUGAGGCGAAUCCUAGACUAGAGGCGGGCCGCGUUUCAGCAACAGCUGCCGCUUCACCCUCGAUACAACUUCCGACUGCUUGUCGAUUCAACGUGACACCGUCGAAGACAGAUGGGAUAUCGCGAUGUGUAUACCCGCGAACUCGAGGAUACCACUCAAACUGAUUGUACGUGGGCAAGGGAAACCGCGUACUCCCUGCGAACGACGUUUCCGAGCGCGUAUCUCUCGGCAUUUACCAGACGCGAUCCGCUUGUAAUUUCGCCGCGCGGUUGCAGGUACUCGUGUUUUCUUUCCAAACUUUUCCCUUCGACCUCGUCAACGAACAACGGAGCGUGUAACCCACUCUGUUCAUCCUCCUGCGAGUUCCUUCGGCAGAUGACACACGGUCCGAUUGUAAAUUAAACGUCGCGACAAUCCACUAUUAUCGAUGUACGUGAAUAUGUAGAUAUGUAUAGUUUUGAGCGCGUGUGUGUAUAUAAUAUGGACAUUUUAACGCGAAUCGUCUGGAAAGUUUUCACUCCGAUGGAAAAGUGAGAGCCGAGAUGAUUGAAAAAAAAAAGAAAAAGAAAAUCUUGGUCGCGUUUACGCUCGAUCUAACGUCCGAAGGAUGAGUUUGUGUUCGAUUCGAACCAAAUACAGAGACGAGGAAACAAGUUUCUGAAAUUUCAGAAGGACGAGAUACGAGGACGGAUAUAGUAAGUUUCUUCGCGAGGCUGGAAGGAAAAUCUCGCGAGUCGGGGAAUUGGGAAAGAAAAUGCGGAGAAAAGUAAGCGUAAGUUUACGAAGCUUCGUUGGCCUGUUUUCUACUUCGGGGGAAGGAAAACUUUCGAUACGACUCGCGGACGUCUCGCGUGUAAUAAUAACGUAACCGUUGUAUAAUACAAUAUCAUACACGCGUAUCGGGAGAUACGAUCGUGAGAAAGGAAGCGUGUCUCGAAACUGGCACGAGUUCGAGGCGGCUCGAUCGGAAUGAUCGUCGCGGACAAAUAAAUGAACGAGAUCACGCGAACGAGGCGGACAUGUUUCCUAUUAAAUAGGCGCAUCUCGUUAAUCGAUAGCAUCGACAUACCGUUAAUCGUGUAACGUUUAAUCACGAGUUUUUCGAAUUCUACGAUUUCGCUAAAGAUUAAGGGAAAAAGAACGUAAUGUACAUGGUACGUAAUCUAUCUAUAAUAAACGUAGAAAUUUCUUCGUUAUAACUGAAAAAGAAAUUUAAAAAAAGAAAAAAAAUGAUGAUGUAUGCCAAUACGCCUGACAGGAUCGUUUGAACGCGACGAGAUUAAAAUUUUUCGAGGGCAAGGGAACGGGAAACACGAUCGAGGCUGCUGUAUUUUAGUUCGGUCGAAUUCAAAUAUUACACUUAAUUGCCCUUUACCGUCGAACAGCGUUUAAAGAUGAACGCUUUGCUUUAUUUGUUUAGCAACGGUGGGCGGAAAAUACGCGGCACAGAGAACCCGACGCGGUUUCAAUUAUUACGCGGCAUUACGCAAUGUUUGCGCGGCGGGGUGCCAAUUCGCGAUCGGCCACUUUAUAAUUUAACGCCUACCGAGCUCGCGAAGCCACCGAACGAAUCCACCCCGUCGAAAUCGAUCAAUCCGCUUCGAAGCUUGCCUACGCGCUCCCCUUUGAUCCACCCACGCUUUCACUUAAUCUCUCUCAACUGACGUUUCCAUAGUCUAGAUCAGCGGCGAUCCUGUUCGCAGAAUUAUCAAGCAAGGUAAAUUUUCAGACAAUUUUCAAGUUCAUAUCGGAAAAAUUGUUAAAUAUAAAAUCUAAAAUCCUUCAAUAGCGUCGACGCGCUUUCAACUUUGUCAAAUUGAAAAAGUUCUUUCCAACAUGCCCUGCACACACGUGUAUCUGAAACUUCAACGUACUCAUUUUUAACCGAAAACGAAUCAAAAAGCGGUAAAACGUUGCCCGUUAAUCGAGAACAGACCACCGCCACAACCACCCGCCGAAACAAAUUUCAAAAAACAAUUUCACCGAUACUUUUACGCCGCGGCAUUCAAUCUGCUCUCUCUACAUAUUUCCUAGAUUGAAGAUCAUCCCCGUGGCUCUGACCGAGCGGCACUCGAAUAAAAAAAUUACUUGAAACUUCCAUAUCGAACUAGAUCGAAACCCGGGUAUCUCUGUCCGAGGAUUAACCGGCAAGAGUCGUACAUUUCGCUGGUCUAACACAAACGCGUAUCCUGCCUUUGAUUUCGAAAAGUUUCAUAGAUUUCAGAGAUUCAAUUUCCGUUCGAUACAAUCAAAACUCAACGUUUAUUAAAUUAUAGACAAAUGGGUAAGUACACAGUUUUCUGUGUAAAAUUUUCAAAUUGUUUACACCCGGUACACUUUUCAACGAUCCUAGACGAAUUAGGCGGAGAAAGGUUAAUCGAAACUUGCGUCUAUCUCUUCGAAUCGGCGAUUUCGAGGGCCGAUCACGCGAACCGUAGGGGGGUUGAUGCACCCUUGAUGAUUAUUUGAACGAGCCACCGGUGCAAACGCAACGUUUGCACGGUUAACCGUGGAACAGUUUGCGCGGAAAAUUGCGGAUAAAAGAGGAGAAGACUUUUCGACGUAGUUGCUCCAUGGAAAUUGAUUUCGACCGGCUGCUGGAACGUGACGAGCAUUCGUUAUCGUCGCCUUCGCACCUUCCUACACAAAUACUACCGGCGACGUGUUACAUUAAAAGAAACAACGACGUUGAUGAAAGAGUAGACGUUCACUUUUUCUGUUGAUCGAACGUUACCCUACCAUCCUACGAUCUCGUAAAUAUUAUAUCCCGCGAAAUUUCGCGUUACAUAGUCGACCGGAUUCCCGAGAAUUUAUCGUGCACGAAAUAAAAGGACUCGAGAUGCUCUUGCGAGACAUUAUGUUCGCGAACGCAUAAACGAAAACGAAAGAGGGGUUGGAUACACGUAACCGAGUGGAAUUUACGUUCUAACCAUCAGAGAGUCAAUGAUAUAGGGUAAUGCAUGUUUCAAACGAUCAAACAUCGACACCGACCUUCCUCGUCCUUGUUUCUUUCCCCUAUAUCGAAUACGUUCGUCGAGUUUUCACGAUUUAGGGAUCAUCAUCAUAGAUGUUUUAUUCUCCGCCUAGAAAUCGUCGAUCCGAACAGAAGUCGAGGAAAUCCAGCGAGCUACGUUUUCUCUUUUCUCACGCAGCGCAGGGCUCUAUUCGAUCUCGUGAAAAUUCCCGUUUGACGCUUGUCCAUGUCGCCAAGAGAACAAGAACAGAUCCGGUCUGUUUUCCGGCCGGAAACGAAUCGAGACACAGCAAUAGGAAGAGAAACAAAAAGGAUCAGCGUAACGUUUGUCCUCGUUGUUAUAGUUGGAUGAAACUUAAUUUAGAUCGAUGUAAGAUGUAAAACGAAAUAUCGACGGCGCGAUUCGAUUUUUUCCCCGUAAACGAGUUAAUCGUAAGAUAGCGAUAACACGUAGAGAUUAGCGUGAACACAGGCGUGCACGGAAUUCGCCGAAUGAACGCUGAGACGAAAAUGGAGCACACUUAAUCGUGAGUCCGUAAAAAAAUUGCAACAUACCUAAUAAUAAAGAAACGUAACCGUACUGUCGUUUACCAUUUAAUACUGUUACAAAAACUACUACGUGUACGCGGCGACUGCCUUAGGCGGCCGGACAGAUUUUUGCAAACCGAACCUUUUUCGAUGAAUCUCUCUCUGUGUGUGUCAACUAAUUAAACUACCUUACCCUACGUACACGCGAUGUUACUUAAACGGUAAGCAUAAGAAAUUAAUCCAACAUUAGACCGUGGGAAUGAAAUAAAAAUUACCUAUUUAAAAAACGUAAGAAAGAAAAAAAAAGGGGGAACGACUACUUUUCAAAUAGACAAAAAAAAAAUCAACUAAUGUUUAAACGAUCAUUCUAAUUAAUUGUUACGCUCGUACCGUCUCUAAACUUAAGCGACACACGACACGUUGUCGCGUAAUUGCUAAUUAACGAACGAACACGAUGAUACUUUGUAUUUAUACACAUUGUACACAGAUAUGUAUAUUACUAUUGUUAUUAAUAUUAUUCUUUAUUAUUAUUAACAGAUUUUCCAUUAUUCUUAUUAUCACCAUUGUCAUUCUCGUUCUUAUUACCAUCGAUCAUUCUUGUACAUUGAAUAAUCCAACGUCGCCGUAGGGAUCCAACGAUUCACUUUAAUUAUUAUUUCAAUUCGUCGAACGGCGUCAUCGAAAUAACGAUAGACGCGAGAUCGUCCGAAGUGUGAUAAUUUUUUUCAUUUCCAUACGACCCCCGCAGGAGUCAAAUUAGAUUCCGUUAAAUAGAUUCCUUAAUUAAUCGUAACGGCACCCUCGAAACGUUUCAACGCGACGAGGCGCCUGGCGCCAAAUCAGGAGAUUCAUACGACCACGAUCAGACACUUUUAUCGCACCCGAUUCAUCUUCCAAACGCGCGAUUCGUUUCGCGACAAUUUCCGAAUUCUCUUGGAAAAUUAAUUACGAUUACAGCAAUUUAUAUUAUGCGCCGAAUGCAAGCGGAUUAAAUUAAUCGUCUUGAUCAACGUCAACGAUCGUUACCAAGCUCCGCGUCUUUUAUUAACGAAUUCAAUUAAUACACGCUGUUGUACGAACCGCGAAAACGUGACAUGAAAAUGAAAUUAUGCAGCUUCGUUUCGAUGCGAUCGUUGUUUCCUUCUAUCGAAGGAGCGCGUUCAUUAGCAAUCAAUUUUUUUAUCGAUAUAACCUCAUUCGUCGCGUUCCAUUGUUGUCCGCGUGGAUUAUUAAAAGAUCGAAUAUAUAAAUGAGGUUCGUUUGAAAAGGAAAUGCGAAAACUCGUUUAAUCGGACGAUCUCGCGUCGAUUGCCGUGAGACGAUCUCUCUAUCGAUAAUAUUGGAGCAAUGAAAUCACUGUGAUAUCACUAAAACGCUUUCAAGGUGUGUGUAUGUGUGUGUGUUGGGAUCGACAAUUAAAGCUGCACCCGCGGGGCUGGUCGCAGCGAACCUUCGAACGAUAAAUAAACCGGCAGAAAUGGGACUAGAUAUUUGGGAGGGGGGUCAGUUAAAGAAGAUGAUUUAUGGUAUCGAUUAUCGUAAAUUAUUGUAAAUCAUAUUAUAUUGUAUAUACGUAUACAUACACGAACUUGUACUAUUGAUCGGAAGAAUCUAUAUACAUAUAUUAUAUAUACAUAUACAUAUAGAGUAACGAUAUUACGGUGAAUAUUAAUACCACUACAGAUUACUGUCAUCGUACUACUAUCGUCAUUGUUAGUCGACAUUAUUAUCGAUGCAACAAGUCCUAUUAUCUAAUAGCGUUCAGUGUACAGUCGCUUGAGAAAGUAUUCAAACGCUUGCAUCUUUAAUUAUUAACUAAUGAAAUAUCAUAAGUUGAACUUACUUUUCUAAAAUAAUAUUGUGAAAAUGUAUGGGUAAAAUUGAAAUAUAAUUCAAGGAUGUAUGUACAUGGAAAAUUGGUAGAAUGUUGCAUAUAAAUCGUACAGACAUUUUGCAGCAUUAUUUUGAAAAAUCAUAGUACAACCUUUGUAUUUCAUUCGUUAACAACUUUGGAUACAUUCGUUGAAACACUUUUAUGAGUGACUGUAUAUCGCUGUGUGAGAGAGGGGGAGAGAGAGAAUGCAAGAUCAAAGUCGAACACGAAACUAUAAUAGCCAAUGAUACCACGUUCGCAGGGUGGUAUUCUAGUGUACAUAGGAGGAAUCCGACGGCCGGAAACGGUGCCGUUUCCGUUCCGCGAUGUAGCUCGAUUCGAAUCGAGCCGAUUUCCUCGUCGAUUCCGUUUCGAUUCGUUUCGAGCACGUUUUUUUUUUUCGACUAAAAGUAGAUUCUAGAUGUGUAAGUAAGCACGGUUUUCCUUCGAUUACCAGUAAUCGUGAAAAAUGAGGGGGAAAUAAAGGAAACUUUCUAAUGGUCUAUUCAAACUGAGAAUUCUAUCUAGAGACAAUAGCGAGACGCGAGAUAAUAAAGCGUAAACUUGUCGGCAAGGAGAGAUUGGAAGGGCGGUGAUUGCGGGACGAGCAACCGCGACGAUAUUAAGGUCCAUUAAUGGAACUCAGAAUGGGUCAUUUCGUAAGAUACUUCUAAUGAAAUUUAAAAUACACCGAUCCGUUCGUGUUGCAAUUUUUGCGCAAACCUCGAGGCAAUCGACAAAUAAAUUCUCGCGUUUGUUAUCUACUCGUACCGAUAAUUCGAAAACGCGCGACAAAAGCGAACGAAAUGACUGAUUUUCCUUUAUUUGUUUUCAUUCUGUUCCAUCAACAGAUUUUAUCGCGUUCGAUUCCGGAAUAAUCGUAAAUCCCGAUAAUUAAUAAUUUGGCUGCCAGAGAUAAUGGAACUCACAGUUAUUUAUCGCGGUUAACAUUCAAUUUCUUCGACGUUCGUUUCAAUUUGAUCCGUAAGAACAUCAAUAUACGACCAGCCGAAUAGGAAAUGCAACAAACAACCCAGCACCCACCGAUCAUUUUCACACUGCUUGAACAAUCAAACGAUGAACGAUGUUAUCGCGAAUCUCUCGUUAUCCUUCGACCUUUCUCCUUCGAAUCAAUGUGCAAAUGGUACCCUGUUCCGAAUCUAUUCUAAGCUGAACCGAUAAUCUCUAUGUUGUCAUCAACAAUACACGAUCAAGGAAAUUUCGAUGGAACAAAAUGUCGAACAACCAACCAAGCAAAUAACAUAUAUAUUUUAAUUCUACCUUUACGUACGCGCGAUCGCGUGUAUCCGUUCGGUUAAGCACAGUUUUCAUGGAGCAGAGUAAUUAAUUUACCGGGGAAUGCUCGUUAUUUACGAGUAAUCGUACUAUUUGCAGUAAAACUGGUCAACGGUACUCGCUCGCAUUUAUUAUUAAACUCGUGAUCCGCGAACAACAACAGGCAUGCACACCUCGCACCGACCGAAUCGAUUUUAUACAUCCGUUUCUUUUUUUUUUAUUUUUACUCCAUCGUUUCAACACGCGGAUAUACCGCGACGAUAAGCAGCAAUAAAGUUCGUCCUAUUUGUAAAAUCACGCCAGCGUCAGACCAAAUGCACCAGCAAGUUCAGGCUGAAAAGAGCGUUUUUUCAUCGUAAUUCCGUUGAGACGAGCCGACGUAAGAAAAUCCGUACCGCGGAUACGCACGCGGGGAACUCUCGAUGAUUUUUCAAGUUCCUAAUCGGAGAACUCUCGCUCGAAUGGGAAAGUCGCUCGCGCGGAUAUCUCGAAUGUAAUCGUAACUUUUCUAAAAAGCACGGAUUCCUACACACGUUGCGCACACCACGAGACACCGUACACACCGGAAGGCGGAAUAAAACGAGCAACAGCACCUCCGUUCCCGCGACGAAAUCGCGGCGAGGAUCGCGGAAUUCGUUUCACGUCAAGUUUAAUCUAUAAAAGUCUUCCACUCCUUCCUCAACGUGUAUUCGUCUACGUAAUUCGGCUGAUUGCUCACGGACGUAGAGCGUACAGCGAAGCGUAAUCAGGAAUUGUAACUCUAAUCCAGAAACAGGAUAUGCCUCUAAUAUAUCUGGUAACCCGUCUAACCCGAUUGUCGAUGUUCCGCAAAGUAACAGGUAACCCGGUUAACCCGGUUAAUCCGCCACUGGUCAUAAGUUACAGCAGUGCCGUGGAGCUUAAUAUUAGAUCGUCACGAAAGUUUCUGCCCGUUUUCAAAGGUGCAAAUAAAAUUUCAUACUUAUUCUGUUUUCGAAAUAAACAUAGUCACCGGUGCUGUCUAGAAAUUCCUCUUGUGUUUUCUAAUAUUCGAUUUUGAAACAACCGAAGGAAAUACGAUUAUAUUCCAUCGUAACCCAGGGUUAACUGGGUUUUUAACUGGGUUAGAAAACAGUUAGUAAUCUCCGAGUGUAAUCAACGGCGAGUAAAAGCGAGCGUUUGCAGGCAGAUUGCCGGUUCUCGAUGAGUUCUCUCGGGAUAACGAGCUAAAGCUGUACGAUUCUCAAAAAUUCGCCAGCAUUUCGACGAAUCGACGAAUUUACGCUGAAACAGCAACACUCUAAUCUUGACUGGUACAAAUAUUUAAUUACAUUUCAGCGUUUAAAUAGUCAUCGAAAAAAACAGCGAGUGGAAUGUAACGAAAACAGGAAAUCCGAUGCUCGAUCGAAACUCGUUGCCCAAUUUUCAAUCGAAUCGAUCGGUUUCUAUGAUUCAGAGGACCAGUUAUCGAUCACGAUUUCCUCGAUAGGGAGACAAUAACGAGAAGUGUCAUGGAUUUUAUACGCAACUCGAAACGGAGAGAUCUAGUUUAGAAAGUUCGUCUUGUACAACGAAAGUGUAAUUUCACGGCGAUGAAAAAUCAGCGGUAUCUUCGAGUUUUCAUUGACUUCCAUAACAAAUCGACCCAACGAAACUUUCGAGCUCUCGCAUCAGAUUUCCCUUCGUUGCAUUUUCUACCAGCUGCCACCAAACGAUUUCAUCCUGGCUGUAGUUUUCGAAACUCGUGCACGCGAACGAGAAAGAAAAACGAAAAGCUGCGUUCAAUUUUUCAAGAACGAAAGCUACUUGUUGCGUUCGCGCAGCCAGCAACGAUGCUCUCUUGAAAAUUUAACGAUCGCGAAUCGGAAGGUUCGAACAGCUAGCGAUUUUCAACAACGAUCGCGAAACAGAUCGUUUCGAAAUUUCGAUAGGGUUGAUUGUAAUCGGGAUAAUUACAUCGAGAACCGACGGCUCUGUCACGAUCCAGGAGCCAGAGCUGGAGCGACGUUAUUUCCCGGGUUAAAAACGGUAUCGUUGGAAAAUGUGGCGAACAGUAAUGCGAAGAAAACUCGUUUGCGACAUUUGUCGACAUGGUCGUCCUUCUCGUCCGAGCGGAAAAUAUCGCGGAGACGCGGUUCUCCCUCGUGUGUGUGUGAGUGUUUGCGUGGGCGAAAUGCGUCUGGAAAACACAGCGAUCGAGAUAAGAAAUUUAUGAUUACUUUGAAUACUGGGUCAAUAAGAAUCUUGCUGAUAAUAAAAUCCGAUAGAAUAAUCGAUAAUGAGCGUGUAAUUGUAAUAAUUUUAUGAUCGAUGGAAUCACACUUAUCCAAAUUUCAAAUACUACAAAUAUCAAUUCCGCCUGGAUGAAUUUAAGUAGAUUACGUGCAAUUUGUUGGAAGUGUUUAAGAUUCGGAUAAAAGAGUAAGAGGUCUAGUUUUCCAAAUAAUCGAAGAAAACAGGUACUUCAUGGAGCACGAGAUAUUCUUCUCGUAAACGUUUGAAACGGAAGAGAAGAAAGAAUGAACGAGCGCGAGAGAAAAAGAAAGGGAGGGAAAGUGAUGGUAGGGUAUGAAAACAGGAAUUAAAAGGAAAUAAACGGAAGUAGCCAAGAAGCUUUACUGCUCUACGUUCGCCGUGCCGUUGUGCUCGAAUUGCCUGUUUUUACAGCAACGCCGUGGCCCGAUCUAUCGAUCGAUUCCAAUCGAUCGAUCGAUCGUUCUUCGGUGAGAUACGUUCAGAAGGUCAAGGAACACGAGUACUACGAUAUGUAUACUGACAUUAAACGAAAGGAACUAUCAGUACAUUACGACUUUGUUUUAUAAAAGAAAGA